CGCACUCUUCACUUAGCAGCUUAACGCGACAGCCGCCAGCGCUCUGCUACUCAACUCAUUUAUAAAGUUAUUUAUUUUUUUUCGUUCGCUUGGUCAGGUGACUUGAAAAAGUUGAAAAGAAAAGUGAAUUCAAAAUGGGCACUGGCAAGAAAAACUAUCAGGCACCCGAUUGGCUGACAGUUGAAUUUCUGCAGGAUGUGCUGAAGGAGCACUUCAAGGAGGAGUCGCUGACAGUCAGCGAUUUGCUGGUGAAGAGCGCCCAAGUUGGUGAUGUGGUUGCUGGCUUUGCCAGCGAAAUGCAUCGCGCCUGCUUCCAACUGCAGCGCGGCGAUGUGAAGACCAAGUUCUCCGUUUUCGUCAAGGAUCAUCCGAAGGGUCAAACGGGUGCAAUUGCGUUGCGUAGCAAGCUCUUCAAGCGCGAAAUCCUCGCCUACAGGGAGGUGCUGCCUCGAGUGCAAGCCCUGCUCGAGUCCAUUGGCGACAAGUCACAAAUUGCGCCCACUUGCUAUUAUACGACGGAGAGUCCGGAACCGUUUAUCAUAUUGGAGGACAUGCAGCUGAGUGGCUUUGAGAACUUUGAACGCGGCCGCCUGCUCAAUCUGGACUAUGUGCUGCCCAGUGUUGAGAAGCUGGCCAAGCUCCAUGCCUGCAGCGCUGUCAUUGCCAAAGAAAAUCCCGAGGUGCUGGAGUUCUUCAAUGAGGCUCCCAUUUCCCGCAAUCCCGAUCGUCGCGACUUUCUCAGCUUCUUUCCGGUUAACAUACGCUGUGUGGCCGAGGAGAUUGCGCACUGGAAGGGCUUCGAGGAGAUCACCGAGAAGAUGUUCAAGCUGGCUGAAAAUGUUCUCCAGAGCUCCAUCAAGAUGUACGAGCAGGAGCCGAUCUUCAGUGUGUUCAACAUGGCCGACAUUUGGAUCAACAAUUUAAUGUUUCACGUCAACAAUGAGACCAAGGAACCCGACAAUGUUGUUGCUCUGGACUUCCAGUUGGCUUAUGUGGGCUCGCCAGCUGUUGAUCUUAACUAUUUUUUGUACGGCUCUCUCAAUGAGAAUGUACGAAAAGUGCAUUUAAAGUAUAUUAUACGGGAAUAUCACCGAGUGCUUCAGCAAACUCUUGAAAAGUUGAAAUACCAAGGACACAUUCCAACUCUCAAAGAGAUUCACAUUGAACUGAUCAACAACAGUUUAAUUGGUGUCAUUGCGUCCACCUGUCUAACACCUCUGAUAUUCAGAGAAGAUGCUAGCUUUGAAAAUCUGGAGGAUUUGAACUCUCGCACUGAGAUUGGCGAUCAAUUCAGACGCGAGAACGUUGAGAAUCCCAAAUAUCGUGCAUUUCUACAACGCACUGUCAAAGAGUUUGAACUAUCUGGAUUUUUGGAUACGUAACUCUCUUCGAACAAGUUCCACACAACAGAUCAAAGAAAAAUAGGGCUUCCAGUAUACAAUAAAAUGGCUUUUAAAGCUCUAUUCGUUACAGCAAAAUGCACCUCAACUCUAAAGCCACAAUCAUUAUUUUCUGCAUGCAGUUAAAAAAUCUAUAAAAUAACCCAACACAAAAAGAAAUUAUUUGUUAUCAAUCAAUCGGUUCGAUUAAAUGUUAUCAAUAGCGAUAAGCUUGAAUGGAUUCUCUAAAAAUUAUUAUCAAAUAUUAUUGAUAAUAUUGA